UUUGUUUUGAUUUCUGAUUGCAGGGAGUAUCUUUUUCCCAUGGCUGACAUUGUAACUCCAAAUUUAAAAGAAGCAUCUGCUUUACUUGGUGGUGUUCAAUUGGAAACAGUCGACGACAUGCGUUCUGCUGCAAAAUCUAUCCAUGACAUGGGUCCACGAAAUGUACUUGUCAAAGGAGGUGACCUCGCUUCUUCAUUGGAUGCUGUUGAUAUUUUCUUUGAUGGAGAUAAUUUCUAUGAGCUGCGUUCACCACGCAUAAGAACUCGGAAUACUCAUGGAACUGGCUGCAUUUUGGCUUCAUGUAUAGCAGCUGAGCUUGCAAAAGGUUCUUUAAUGCUAUCAGCUAUUAAGUUCAGUUUCACUGUUGACAUAGGCCCUAGUUACAUCCAAAGCUUAAUUGAUCACUUGAUUAAGCUUAUUGCCCUCACUCAGUCAAACCAGAAAGAUAGAGUGGCAUUUUCAGCAGAUAACUGGCCUAUAACUUAA